AUGUCCAAGAAACAAGAAUAUAUUGCUAGAGUCAAAUACUUUAACAAUCUUCCAGCGCCAUCGGUUGCUCCAAAGUUACUAAAUUACAUUACUAAUUCAGAGGAAGAUGCAGAUGCCCCACAAUUAGUCACAUCAUUAUAUAAUAAAACUAAUGUGACCCCAUUGAUUGACUUAGACAAUGAUCUAGGUAUGCCACUGGAUUUGAUGAAUAUUCCAGGUCUGUUAAACAAAAAUGAUACAAAACUUUUAUACGGGUUUGAAAAUAUUAAAUUACAUCCAGAUGAUCGUGUCCUAUUGAGAGACCCAAGAGCUGAUAGAUUGGCAAAAACUGACACUGCAAAGGUUAGUUUCUUAAGAAGAACAGAAUAUGUCUCAUCUACGAACGCUACUCCAGCCGGUACUGGCAAUGGGAAGAAAAGAGCAAGGGACACAUAUGAGCAAAGAAGAGGCUUGAAUAACGAUGAUGAUGAUGAUGAUAGAAUACUCACGGCCCCUGAGAUUGUUACUAAAGUAGAAAACACUUUUGAUUCUACUUCAGAAGAUUUAUCUAAACUUGUACACCCUGUUAAACGUCAUCUAAAAGCUGUGGAAUCCUGGAAUUUGCUUCCAGAUACUGCCUCUAUGGAUGAAAAUUACUUUUCAUUGAGAUUAGUUGGUAGUGCUGCAUUAGAUAAGAGAGAAAAGGAUAAAUUGGCUUUGAAGACAGCUAUCUUUAGACCUGUGGAAUUGGAAGAAGACGAAUGGAUUUCUAUGUAUACUACCGACAAGACGGAUUCAGAUAUUUUAAACAAAAACGUUGAGAAGGUUAUUAGUGAAGAGGCAGAUGAUAAUGAUGAAAGCAAUAAUAAAUCCUUCAAAUUUAAAAGAGUUAGAGAUUUUGAUAUGCAACAAGCUCAAAAGACUACAGAUGAGGGUAUACCAGAUUUGGAUCAAUCUAGACUUGGCGAAUUGGCUAUUCUGUUCAAUCAGGAAAGAGGUAUUGCCUAUUAUAAACCACUACGUGCUAGAAUUGAAUUAAGACGGAGACGUGUUAAUGAUGUUCUUAAAACUAUCGUUAGAGAACACACAGUGGAUCAAAUCAAUAUUUCUGUAAGAAAUCCAACUACGAAGGAGGCAAAUGCUGUUGAUAGACUAAGAAUGAAAUAUGAUCCUAUUAAUUUUGUUCCAGUUGAUGAUGAAGAUAGUAGCAAUAGUGAACAUGAAGUAAGCAAAGGAGAUUCUAACUUAGAAACGCUAACUAGUCAGGAAUGA